GCAGCCGCCGGGGUAGGCCCCGGGCGGCUCCAGCCCCGGGCGGCCCGCGGAGGGCUGGGCCCAGCCCCCGGCUCCGGUUCCCAGGCCGGCGGGCGGCCGCUCAACAUGCCUGGCAAGCACCAGCACUUCCAGGAACCCGAGGUCGGCUGCUGCGGGAAAUACUUCCUGUUUGGCUUCAACAUCGUAUUCUGGGUGCUGGGAGCCCUGUUCCUGGCCAUUGGUCUCUGGGCCUGGGGUGAGAAGGGUGUUCUCUCCAACAUCUCGGCGCUGACAGAUCUGGGAGGCCUUGACCCCGUGUGGCUGUUUGUAGUGGUAGGAGGCAUCAUGUCAGUGCUGGGCUUUGCCGGCUGCAUUGGGGCCCUCCGGGAGAACACCUUCCUGCUCAAGUUUUUCUCCGUGUUCCUUGGCCUCAUCUUCUUCCUGGAGUUGGCAACAGGGAUCCUGGCCUUCGCCUUCAAGGACUGGAUUCGAGACCAGCUCAACCUCUUCAUCAACAACAAUGUCAAGGCCUAUCGGGACGACAUUGACCUCCAGAACCUCAUUGACUUUGCUCAGGAAUACUGGUCUUGCUGCGGAGCCCGAGGGCCCAACGACUGGAACCUCAAUAUCUACUUCAACUGCACUGACGUGAACCCGAGCCGGGAGCGCUGCGGGGUGCCCUUCUCCUGCUGCGUCAGGGACCCUGUGGAAGAUGUCCUCAACACUCAGUGUGGCUACGAUGUUCGGCUCAAACUGGAGCUGGAGCAGCAGGGCUUCAUCCACACCAAAGGCUGCGUGGGCCAGUUUGAAAAGUGGCUGCAGGACAACCUGAUCAUUGUGGCGGGGAUCUUUGUGGGCAUCGCCUUCCUCCAGAUCUUUGGUAUCUGCCUGGCCCAGAACCUCGUGAGUGACAUCAAGGCAGUGAAGGCCAACUGGUGAGGCUGCCUCGCUGGCCAUGGCCACUCGCCUGGCUGACCCAGGGACCCCCCCCCCCAACUCUCCCUGUGAUGGGCAAGGCUGCAGGAGAUGUUUCUGCUUGGACCUGAACCCCACAUGGGGCUUGCGUGCCUCUGGGCUGUGCACCCAUGGAGAGAGCUGCAUGGCUCUGCCCGGGCUGCCUGUCCUGUAGCUGUGUGCACGGAGGGUGGGUGUGGCCAGUGGAUGUGCACAGGGAGCUGCCAUCUCAGCUGUUGUUGGGUGGUUGGCUCUCCAGGGGACUAGGAAGGGCACAGCUAAGAGGGGGCAGGCCAGGUGGGGUGGGCUUGGGGCCUGCUGUUGCGUGGGACACAGCUUCAUGCACCUCAGAGCUCUCUCCACUAGCUGUGACCUUGACCCUGCCAGGAGCCCACUUCAGCCUCAAUGUCUCAGACUCUAAAAUGGGUCCAAGAGUUUUUCUCUCCCUUGCUUGCCUCUCAGGAUCAAACAUGAUGAUGGCUACAGACUACUCAAAUAAACAAAACCUUGAAAACCACUGGCUUC